ACAUACGUAGUCGUACAAUGUAGACCAGCAGGUUCGUUAACAGAGUAACACGUUGCUAUUUUUCCACGAUAUCAUGGAUAAUAAUCGAGUGAAUGUACAUAUAUAUGAGGGAAGAUUAAUCGGUAUCGUUGAGGAAGCUGUCCAUGGUGGUCAUUAUGUCGCAUUCCGAGGAAUACCGUACGCGAAACCGCCGGUUGACGAACUAAGAUUCAAGGAUCCGUUACCACCAGAAAGAUGGUUCGGCGACAGAGAUGCCUCAAAAUACGGAAAUAUCGCUGUUCAAGUUGAUUUAUUAACACGUGAAAUAGUAGGUGAUGAAGAUUGUCUUUACUUGAAUGUAUAUACUAUAGAUAUCGUGAAGAAACGUCCAGUUAUGGUGUGGAUAUAUGGUGGCGGUUUUGCCUGGGGUUCUGGUAAUGCAGACUGGUAUGGUCCCGAUUACAUUGUUCGAAAGGACGUGGUAAUCGUUACGCUAAAUUACAGAUUAGGAGUUCUUGGUUUUCUAAACCUCUACGACAAAGUAGUAACGGGUAAUCAAGGUCUGAAAGAUGUGGUUAUGGCGUUAAAAUGGAUCCAAAAAAAUAUAUCACAAUUUGGUGGAGACCCGAAUAAUGUCACUAUCUUUGGCGAAAGUGCUGGUGGAGCUAUCGUGCAUUAUCUAAAUCUAUCUCCGUUAGGCAAAGGUUUAUUUCACAAAGCGAUCUCGCAAAGCGGCGUCGCCUCGAAUCCUUGGUGCUUGACUGAAUGGACAAACAAAGCGAUGAGCAGAGGUUUUCAACUUGCGGAGAAACUUGGAAAAGUUACAUCAGAUCCAAAAAUCGCUUAUGAGUUUCUUAAGACAAUCGAUGCAAAAAAACUCACAGAAGUUGGACAGAAGUUUCUUGCCACACGAGUAGACCGUCUACAACAUGUUUUAAUGUUUACACCUACUUUAGAUUAUGAAUCACCGAAUCCAUUCUUUCCGGAACAUCCAAAUACGUUAAUACAACGUGGAGUUAAAGUGCCUUGGCUUUUAGGAAAUAAUAGUUGUGAAGGGUCUUUUUUCAUAUGCAAUACACUUUUCGGACAAAUAAGCAAAAAAGCUCUUAAAGAAGUCGAUUCUGAUUUCACGAAAACCAUAAUGCCUAGAGCUUUAUCUGCAAUGUCAAAAAUACCGAUCACAGUUGAAGAGUUACGAUUUUUAUAUUUUGGAAAUAAAGCAGUAUCAGAAGAAACUUUAAUGAAUUACGCUGACUUUCUUAGCGAUGUCGUAUUUAAUCGUGGUAUCAUGGAAGCAGUUGAUAUUCAAAUGAGUUCUGACAGUUACACGCCAACAUAUCUGUAUAAAUUUUCAUAUGAAAGUGAAACUUACUUCAGAAAGGAAAUUACGCUGCCAGGAGCGACUCAUGCCGAAGAUUUAUUUUUUUUAUUUUAUCCUCAUAUAAUGAAAGAGUUCAAUUUGUCAUCACCUAUAUCUAAUUCGGAUGAUAAAAUAAUAGAUUGCAUAACCCAAAUGUGGACAAAUUUUGCUAAAACAGGAGAUCCAACGCCUAUUAUUACGAAUUUGACUCCCACUAAAUGGACUCCACUGAAGCGUGGAGAUAUGUGCGAUUAUUUAAAUAUUGAUCUUGUUCCUCGUAUGGAAAGCAUUCGUAAAGGAGAACGACGCAGUGAUUGGAAGAAUAUGAAACACAAACUAAGAAGAUUCGUAUUAAGAUCGAAACGUAUAUCUUUCUACUUAAAUAGCGUAUCCAUUAUGGAUAACAGAAUCGAAAUACACGUGCAGAAAGGAAAGUUAAUUGGCAUCAUAGAAAAAAGUGUUUAUGAUGAUUAUUACAUAGCCUUUCGAGGAAUACCAUAUGCGAAACCACCGAUUGGAGAACUUAGAUUCAAAGAUCCGGUACCAGCAGAACCAUGGUCCGGUAAAAGAGACGCUUCGAAAUUUGGAAACAAAUCCGUUCAAAUAAAUGAGAUUACACAUAAAAUUGAGGGCAGUGAAGAUUGCCUUUAUUUAAACGUGUACACUACGAAUAUCACACCUUCGAAGAAACGUGCGGUAAUGGUGUGGAUACAUGGUGGUGCUUUUUGUCAAGGUUCUGGUGAUGCAGUUAUGUACGGUCCCGAUUACAUAGUGCAGAAAGAUGUAGUUUUGGUUACCUUGAAUUAUAGAUUAGGCAUUCUAGGUUUCCUGAAUCUCUACGAUAAAGUGGCGACAGGUAAUCAAGGUCUGAAGGAUGUGAUCAUGGCGUUACGAUGGGUGCAGGAAAAUAUAUCUGAGUUCGGAGGAAAUCCAGAUAAUGUCACUAUUUUCGGCGAAAGCGCUGGCGGAGCCAUCGUACAUUAUUUAACUCUGUCUCCGUUAGCUAAAGAUCUAUUUCAUAAAGCGAUAUCGCAAAGUGGUGCCGCAACAUGUCCUUGGGGUAUAAUUGAACGACAAUCUCCUUCGAUAAACAAAGGUUUUCGACUCGCGAAAAUACUCGGAAAAAUUACUGCAGAUCCAAAAGUCGCUUAUGAAUUUCUCAAAACAAUUGAUGCUGAAAAGCUGAUAGAAACUGAACAAAAGUCUCUCUUGACAGAAACUGAGAUUCUACAAUAUAGUUUACUGUGUUCACCGAGUUUGGAUCACGAAUCAUCGAAUCCAGUUUUUCCGGAAGAUUCAAAAACGUUUAAGAGCCGCGGUGUUAAGGUACCAUUCCUUUUGGGUUUUACCAGUUGCGAAGGAUCUUUUAUUUCAUGUAGUAACUGGAAAGGACAUAUAAGCAAAGAAAAGCUUAGGAAAAUAGAUUCUGAUUUCAAAAAUGCUAUAUUUCCUGAAACUUUAUCUACGUUACCAAUUACAGUCGAGGAAUUACGAUCUUUAUAUUUUGGUGACAAAGCAAUUUCAGAAGAAACUUUAACAAAUUAUGUUGAUUUUCUUGGCGAUGAGUUCUUCUAUCGUGGUAUAAUGGAAACAGUGGAUAUUCAGACAAAGCUGAAUAAAAAUGAUAAGAAAGCGACGUAUCUGUAUAAAUUUUCAUACGAUAGCGACUCUUCUUUUAUAAAAAAAAUAUUCAAAAUUCAAUUCCCAGGUGCGACACAUGCUGAGGAUCUGCCCUACUUUUUUUAUUUUAAUAUGUUAAAAGAUUUCGACAUGUCAUCACCUGCAAUUGAUUCAGAAGACUACAAGAUGAUAAAAUGCUUAACACAAAUGUGGACGGAUUUUGCUAAAACAGGAAAUCCAACGCCUGUUACAAAUAUGUGGUUACCCGUGAGCGAUUCACAAGAUGGAAAAUACAAUUAUCUAAAUAUUGAUACAAUCUUGCAAAUGAAAGUUUUCCAUAAAGGAGAAGAAAGAUGGGAUUGGGAAGAGAAAAAAAAUAAGUUACAGUGUUAAAACUUUAUCUAUAUUAAUUUGGAUUUCUCUGUAUCUUUUAGGUUUGUAAUAACUAUACUUGUCACUUUUUAAAUAUAUUUUUUAAUGAUGGGCA